AAAGUCGAAGAUUCAAACAGUACUCCACUUAGCAUAUAUAAGACACUUGAUUAUAAUUAAUUUAUUUCGAUUUUUCAUUGUUAUCAUCGAAGCGUAGCCAUGAAUGAUGAUGAGGUUAUUCUACUAGACUUUUGGCCAAGUCCUUUUGGAAUGAGGGUGAGGAUAGCCCUUGCUGAAAAGGGUAUCAACUAUGAAUACAAAGAGGAACCCUUGUCGUCGUUGAGCAAGAGCACUUUCUUGCUACAAAUCAACCCGGUUCAAAAGAAAAUACCGGUUCUCAUUCACAAUGGAAAAUCCAUUUGUGAAUCUCUGAUUGCUGUUCAGUAUAUUGAUGAAGUUUGGAAUCAUAAAUCUCCUUUGUUGCCUUCUGAUCCUUAUUUAAGAUCACAAGCUAGAUUUUGGGCUGAUUAUGUUGACAAGCUAUAUCCAAUUGGAAGAGACAUUUAUAGCAAAAAAGGAGAAGAACAAGAAGUUGCAAAGAAAGAAUUCAUAAAUACUCUCAAAUUAUUGGAGCAACAACUUGGAGAAAAAUCUUACUUUGGAGGAGACAAAAUUGGUUUAGUGGAUAUAUCACUCAUCCCAUUCUACAGUCGGUUUAAAGCCUAUGAGACAUUUGGCAACUUCAAUACAGAGAAUGAGUGUCCUAAGUUCAUUGCUUGGGCCAAAAGAUGCAUGAAAAUUGAGAGUGUUUCCAAAUCUCUUCCAGACCAAGAUAAGAUCUAUGACUUCAUUGUGGACUACAGAAAGAUUUAUGGCAUUGAGUAGGUUGUAGUCAUGGAGAUUGAUUGCAUGUUCUUAUAUUUUGUUGACUAUCUUUCACCUUUAUUAUAAAUCGACAUUAGGUUUUCAAACUAUUAAAUAUUGUUAGGAGUUGAUUGAAGCUAAAUAAAAUUUGUUAUAAGUUCAUAUGUUCUUA